GAGGAGGCGAGGCAGAGCAAGCCGAGGGAGUGCGUGAACCAUGGACAAAUUGAAGUGCCCGAGCUUCUUCAAGUGGAGGGGGAAGGAGAAAGUGACGGCUUCAUCUGAGAACUUCCAUGUUGGUGAAAAUGAUGAGAAUCAAGACCGUGGUAACUGGUCAAGAAAAUCGGAUUAUCUUCUAUCUAUGGUUGGAUAUGCAGUAGGAUUGGGAAAUGUGUGGAGAUUCCCAUAUCUGACCUACAACAAUGGCGGAGGUGCCUUCUUGAUACCUUAUGCAAUUAUGCUAGCAUUGGCUGGUUUACCUUUGUUCUUCCUAGAGUGUGCACUGGGACAAUUUGCUAGCUUAGGUCCAGUUUCAGUUUGGAGAAUUCUUCCAAUGUUUCAAGGUGUGGGAAUUACAAUGGUCUUCAUAUCCAUUUUUGUGACAAUCUAUUACAAUGUGAUAAUUGCCUAUAGUCUUUACUACAUGUUUGCGUCUUUUCAAAGUGAACUACCAUGGAAAAAUUGUUUGUCUUGGUCAGAUGAAAACUGUAGCAGAUCACCUAUAGUAACUCAUUGUAAUGUGAGUACAGGAAUAGGGGAGAUCAUCCAAAUGAAUAAAAGUUGGGUAGACAUCAACAAUUUUACCUGCAUCAAUGGCAGUGAAGUUUAUCAGCCAGGGCAGCUUCCCAGUGAACAAUAUUGGAAUAAAGUGGCACUCCAGCGGUCAAGUGGAAUGGAUGAGACUGGAGUAAUUGUGUGGUAUUUAGCACUUUGUCUUCUUUUGGCUUGGCUCAUAGUUGGAGCAGCACUAUUUAAAGGAAUCAAGUCUUCUGGCAAGGUGGUAUAUUUUACAGCUAUUUUUCCCUAUGUGGUCCUACUGAUCCUGUUAGUACGAGGUGCAACUCUGGAGGGUUCAUCUAAAGGCAUUUCAUACUAUAUUGGAGCACAGUCCAAUUUUACAAAACUUAAGGAAGCUGAGGUUUGGAAAGACGCUGCCACUCAGAUAUUUUAUUCCCUUUCAGUGGCUUGGGGUGGCUUAGUUGCUCUAUCAUCUUACAAUAAGUUCAAUAACAACUGCUUCUCUGAUGCCAUUGUAGUUUGCUUGACAAAUUGCCUCACUAGUGUGUUUGCUGGAUUUGCUAUUUUUUCUAUAUUGGGACACAUGGCUCAUAUAUCUGGAAAGGAAGUCUCUCAAGUUGUAAAAUCAGGUUUUGAUUUGGCAUUCAUUGCCUAUCCAGAGGCUCUAGCCCAACUCCCAGGUGGUCCAUUUUGGUCCAUAUUAUUUUUCUUCAUGCUUUUAACUUUGGGUCUUGAUUCUCAGUUUGCUUCCAUUGAAACGAUCACAACAACAAUUCAAGAUUUAUUUCCCAAAGUGAUGAAGAAAAUGAGGGUUCCCAUAACUUUGGGCUGCUGCUUAAUUUUGUUUCUCCUUGGUCUCGUCUGUGUGACUCAGGCUGGAAUUUACUGGGUUCAUCUGAUUGACCACUUCUGUGCUGGAUGGGGCAUUUUGAUUGCAGCUAUACUGGAAAUAGUAGGAAUCAUCUGGAUUUAUGGAGGGAACAGAUUCAUUGAAGAUAUAGAAAUGAUGAUUGGAGCAAAGAGGUGGAUAUUCUGGCUAUGGUGGAGAGCUUGCUGGUUUGUCAUUACACCUAUCCUUUUGAUUGCAAUUUUCAUCUGGUCAUUGGUGCAAUUUCAUAGGCCUGAGUAUGCCGAAAUUCCAUACCCUGACUGGGGAGUUGCUCUAGGCUGGUGUAUGAUUAUUUUCUGUAUUCUCUGGAUUCCAGUUAUGGCUAUCAUAAAAAUAAUUCGGGCUAAAGGAAACAUCCUUCAGCGCAUUGUAAGUUGCUGCAGACCAGCUUCUAACUGGGGUCCAUACCUAGAACAACAUCGUGGGGAGAGAUAUAAAGGCAUGGUAGAUCCUAAAAAGGAGACUGACCAUGAAAUACCUACUGUUAGUGGUGGUAGAGAACCAGAAUAA